AUGGAGCAGACGGUAGAAGUGAUGGAUGUGUCGGAGGUCGAGGAGAAGAAAGCACGAAGAAAGAGGCGGGAGAAAAGGAGAAGAGAAGGACGAGGAGCAGACUCCCCCGCGGCCGUCCGAGGGAACAAGGUGUACGGCGCCGUCCUCAUCCAGCGCCACGACGCGAGCGACCAGGCCGUCGUCUCGCAGGUCACCCUCACCUCCACCUCCACCACCACCACGAACCACGUCCGAGAGACAAAGGCUGAGCAGGGCGAGGCAGAGUCCAAGGUCGAGACAGAGCCCAAGGUCGAGGCAGAGCCCAAGGUCGAGGCAGAGCCCAAGGUCGAGGCAGAGCCCAAGGUCGAGGCCGAAGUGAAGGUAGACACAGACGCCAAGGCUGAGCCGGAGAAGACCUCCGAAGACGUUGACGCAGAUCAGAACAAGGUUCCUCCGUACGCCCGCGUUCACAAGAGCGGGGGCGUGAAGGAGCUACGCCCGCUGAGACCCGAGGAGGACGACGAAACGCCGCCGCCCAUCCCGCCCAAGAAGAAGGGCUUGAGGACCAUCUCGCCGCAGACCCUUGAGGCUGAGCCGCCCCGCCCCCCGCGCCACCUCAAGCCCCGGUUGAAGAAGUCGCAGCAGGUCGUCCUGGUGAAUGGCGAAGUGUCGUCGCCGUCACGCCCCCCUCGCGGCUCCAAGCUCUACGCAAGCGUGGAGGUCACGCCCGCGCCGCCCAAACGCCACUCCAAGGUCGUCCGCAUCGAGGAGGUGGUCACACACAUCAAGGACGACAUGCUGGACGCGUCCGCCCCCGCCCGCACACGCCCAGUCAAGCCCCUGCGGCACGCGCACGCCCACCACGACCCGCCCCCGCGCCGCAAGAAGCUCCGCACCAGCGAGGGCGACGAGGGCGACGACGGGGGCGCCGUGAAGGCCAGGCUCACCGUCGACCCUACUCGACCGAACGCCAAGGUCGACCUCAGCGCCGACUUCGAAAACUACGAGAAUGUGGAUCUGAGCGAGACGCGGCCGCAAGCCACGACCAGAUCCCGCACGCGACCUCUGCCUCCCCCGCCGCCGCCGCCCAAGAAAGGCAAAAUCCAGCAAAGACACCAACAACUCAUGCAGCAGCAGCAGCAACAACAAAAAGCAUCAACACAAGCUGAAUCAACUGAGCGCCAGGGCAGCCAACCUCUCCGUGGUGCGGCCGCCGCGUGCGCUUACACAGGGACCGGGAGCGGUGCGGUUGGUACGCCGGGCGAGGAGGCGGGGCCAUCUCAGCGCAAUCACGUCGUCAGUGUCACUUCAGCCUCAGCGACGAUAAGAGCAGGUGCGAAGGGGACGCACCCCGACGGCAGCAGGCUUGAGACGGACAUCGAUGACAACCUCAAGACCAUCGAGAGUUCGUUCGCCACUCUAGACACGGUGUUGAAGUCGCUGCAGAACUACUCGCAGACUUCCCCAAGGCGAGUGCUGCUGGGCGAGGGAGGUGAGGGUGCCACCAGUGCUCUACCCACCUCCGCCGACGCUGCCGCCACAGCUGUCUCACAGGAGGGCCCUGCCUCCCCCCACACCCCUCCUUCCCCACCCCCGCUCAGCAGGAGCAGGGAAAGACACAAGCACACAUGA